AUGCGUUCUUCUAUGCCCGUCCGACUGCUCGCCUUGGUUUAUGUAUUUGACGUGUUGGAGGUCUCCCGAGGAGCGACUCUCAAGCUUGAUGUGAAGUACGAAGAUAUGCCUCAAUACGGCCCCGGAUUGUAUCAUACUCUGGUCGGCGAGAAUGGCCAGAAGCUACAUGCUCUCGUUGACACUGGAUCGGGUUUCUCUUUCUUCAUCUGGAAGGAUUGGUACGAGAAAGCCAGUGGGCACUCCUGCAGUACUUGGCCCAUGGGGUGUUACGCAUGCUCGGCGCCUUGCUCGGUGGGUAAAGUUACGGGAACUGCUACUUUCGUGGACAAAUACAUGGUGAAAUUUUUCCAGCGCAAAUCGAAACUAACCAUGGGUCAGGUGUCGCAGAUCCUCACUUUCGGGCUGAUAUUCGGUCAGAAACCUCCCGUCAGUGCAGCUCCUCCGACUAACUUGUUGGGUCUUGGCUAUGAUGAAGGUGAUGUGAACUUCCCGUCUCUGAUGACGCAGUUGCGAUCAUCAAAAACUGUAACGAGCGGGAUCAUUGCUCUCUACUUAUAUCCUGCCGCUGAUCCCAUGGAAGCAUCGGCUGAUGGAGGCAUAAUUCUGGGUGGAGGUGACUCUGCAUUAUAUGAGGGUGCAUUGAGGUAUGUCGACUUCUCUACCGACAAAGGGUACACGGUUAACAUUGACAAGCUACAAGUCGGUGAUGGACACAUAACUUCUAGAAUCAACAUGAACCUAGAUCUCGACACCGGCGCCAACAAUCUAUACGUCCCAAUAUCACACUAUGACACUCUCAUCAAUGGUAUUAAACUCAAACUGACCAUGCUGCGGUUUAGUUUAACCCAAUGA